UUAGAUCUAAUCCACCGUCACUCUCUCUGUCCUUCUAUUUAUUCUCUGCAGAAAAAAACACACACACACACAGUCUCUCUCACUCUCUCUCAUCAUAUCCAUUCCCUUUUUAUAGCAAGUUUUUUCCACACUUACAUCUCCAGGAACCCAUUUGCAUUUUCUUUUGGUCCCAUUAUUGGGUUUCCCUCUCAUUAUUCCUAAUUCAGAUCUGUUGCUUCCUCAACAUUGUAGAUCAACUUUUCUCAAGAGUCUAAAUUGUUUAAUCUCCUUAGUCAGGACACUUGAUUUUAAUUGGUGCCUUAUCUAGACAAUUAUGAUAUCAAAGAGCUGAAGUUGAAAAGAGAAAGUUAAGUUUUUCCACGGACACAAAAUAAACCAAAUGAUGCGAGGGAGAUCAGAUGGAGCGCAAAAGAAGCGCUUAUGGACUUUUAUAGGUAUUGGGGCUGUCUUGGUUGUUUUCCUUUACAUGUAUUUUGGAUCCAAGAGCGGUGGUGAGUCUGCUCUUGAGUAUGGCAGCCGUUCUUUGAGGAAAUUGGGAUCAUCUUAUUUGGGUGGGGAUGAUAACUCUGAUCUCAGCAGCAGGCAAGAGGAGAAGUUUGGACUGGAAGAUAGUGAUGGUGGCAUCGUCCCUAAGAGUUUUCCAGUUUGUGAUGAUCGACAUUCAGAAUUAAUUCCGUGUCUGGACAGACAUCUCAUUUAUCAAAUGAGAUUAAAGUUGGAUUUGUCACUGAUGGAGCACUAUGAAAGACAUUGCCCCCUGCCAGAAAGACGUUUUAAUUGUCUGAUUCCUCCUCCUCCUGGAUACAAGGUGCCAAUUAAGUGGCCAAGAAGUAGAGAUGAGGUUUGGAAAUUGAACAUCCCUCAUACGCACCUUGCAAAUGAGAAAUCUGACCAGAACUGGAUGGUUGUUAAGGGUGAAAAGAUAGUAUUUCCUGGUGGAGGAACUCACUUUCACUAUGGAGCAGAUAAGUACAUUGCGCUAAUUGCAAAUAUGCUGAACUUUACAAACGAUAACUUGAAUGAUGAGGGAAGGAUACGGACAGUUUUUGAUGUUGGUUGCGGUGUGGCUAGUUUUGGUGGCUAUCUUCUAUCCUCUGAUAUUAUAGCAAUGUCAUUGGCACCAAAUGAUGUGCAUCAGAAUCAAAUACAGUUUGCUUUAGAGAGAGGAAUUCCUGCAUACCUUGGUGUCCUUGGAACGAAAAGGCUUCCUUAUCCAAGCAGGUCAUUUGAAUUUUCUCACUGUUCUCGUUGUAGGAUUGAUUGGCUUCAAAGGGAUGGAAUCCUUCUCCUUGAGCUCGAUAGGGUACUUAGACCUGGAGGCUAUUUUGCAUACUCAUCCCCUGAAGCAUAUGCACAGGAUGAAGAGGAUUUAAGAAUAUGGAGAGAGAUGAGUACACUUGUUGAACGCAUGUGCUGGAGAAUUGCAGCGAAAAAGAACCAAACUGUCAUUUGGCAAAAACCUCUAAACAAUGAUUGUUACAUGGAAAGACCUCCUGGUACACAACCACCACUCUGUCGAUCUGAUAAUGAUCCAGAUGCCGUUUGGGGUGUGAAUAUGGAGGCAUGCAUAACACCUUAUUCUGAACAUGACCACAAAGUCGGUGGAAGUGGACUGGCUCCUUGGCCAGCUCGAUUAAGUAGUCCUCCUCCCCGUCUUGCUGAUUUUGGGUAUUCGAAUGAAAUGUUUGAAAAGGACACGGAGACUUGGAGGCAGAGGGUUGACCAAUAUUGGAGUCUGUUAAGUCCAAAGAUUUCAUCAGACACCUUGAGAAAUAUCAUGGACAUGAAGGCUAACUUGGGGUCAUUUGCUGCUGCUCUGAAGGACAAAAACGUAUGGGUCAUGAACGUUGUACCCAAAGAUGGACCCAACACUCUCAAGAUUGUAUAUGACCGAGGCUUGAUUGGCACAACUCAUGACUGGUGUGAAGCAUUCUCAACAUAUCCCAGGACCUAUGAUUUGCUCCAUGCAUGGACAGUCUUCUCUGAUGCUGAGAAGAAAGGUUGCAGUGGUGAAGACUUGUUACUCGAGAUUGAUCGUAUACUAAGGCCUACAGGUUUCGUUAUCAUCCGUGAUAAACAACAUGUUAUCGAAUUCGUAAAGAAGCAUUUAUCAGCAUUGCACUGGGAAGCAGUUGGAUCAACUGAUUCCACCUCAGAUCCCGAGCAGGACAACGAUGAGGUCAUUUUCGUCGUGCAAAAGAAACUGUGGCUCACAAGUGGAAGCAUCAGAGAUACAGAAUAGACAGCAGAAUUUGUAACACAUUUUGCUAAUUCAUUUUCUCUCUGCCCUUUAGGGGGGUUAAAGAAAAAAAAUGUAUGCCCUAAAUGUCAGUUUGAUUUUGUAUUUGCGUGAUAUUUAUUUCUUUUUUUUUCUCCCAACGCAUUUUUAUGUAAGUUUACAAA